CUGUGUUUAUACUUCCCCCUGUCUAUGGUUAAGCAAGUGCAGAGCUGUGGACCUCGACUACCUCCUUCUCUCUCUCAUUCAUUUCUACACGCAGGCUCACACUUCAGCUCUCUCCAGUCUCUCAGAAUGACAAUUCUAAGUACAACUCUUGGUACGGUUUUCUAUUUACUUCAAGCCGUUUCUGGAGAGAGUGGCUAUGCAGAGAAUGGAGACUUGGAAGAUGCAGAGCCGGAUGACAACUCACUUUUAUUUUCAUUCUCCUGCUAUAGUCAGUUAGAAGUGGAUGGACCCCUGCACUCGCUGACCUGUGCUUUUGACAACCCAGACAUCAACAGCACCAAUCUGAAAUUUGAAAUUUGUCAUUCCCUUGUGGGGACAGAUUGCCUGAAUUUGAGUAAACUGCAAGACAUAUACUUCAUCAAGACCAAGAAGUUUUUACUUAUUGGCGACAGUGAUAUAUGUGUGAAGCUUGGAGAAAAGAAUUUAAUUUGCCAAAAAGUGGACAUAGUCACUAUAGUUAAACCUGAGGCUCCUUUUGACAUAGAAGUCAUCUAUCGUGAGGAAGCUAAUGACUUUGUGGUGACAUUUAAUACCUCACACUUGCAAAAGAAGUAUGUAAACCAAUUAAUGCAUGACAUAGCCUACCGCCAGGAAAAAGAUGAAAAGGAUUGGAUGCACGUGAACUCAUCCAACACAAAGUUGACACUCCUGCAGAGAAAACUGCAACCUGAUGCAAUGUAUGAGAUUAAAGUCCGAUCCAUCCCAUAUAGCGAGUAUUUUCAAGGCUUCUGGAGCGAGUGGAGUCCAAGUUCCCACUUCAGAACUCCAGAAAUCAAUCGUGCAGGGGAGAUGACUCCUGUUUUACUAACUAUCAGCAUUGUGAGUUUUAUCUCUGUGGUUCUGUUGGUCAUCUUAGCCUGUGUGUUAUGGGAAAAAAGGAUUAAGCCUAUGGUAUGGCCCAGUCUUCCUGAUCAUAAGAAGACUCUGGAGCAACUGUGUAAGAAACCAAAAAAGAAUUUGAAUGUGAGUUUCAAUCCUGAAAGCUUUUUGGACUGUCAGAUUCAUGAGGUGGAUGGCAUUCAAUCAAGAGAUGAAGUAGAAGGUUUUCUGCAGAGUACUCUUUCUCCACAGGAGUCUGAGCAGCAGGGACUUGGCAGGGAUGGGCAUGGUCCCAACCGGCCCUCUGACAUUACAGCCAUCACCCCAGAAACUUUCAGAGGAGAUUCAUCCCUCAGAUGCCUGGCUGGAAAUGUCAACACAUGCGCUGCCCCAUUACUCCCUUCCUCCAGGUCCUCAGACUGUAGGGAGGGUGGCAAGAAUGGGCCUCCCAUGUACCAGGGUUUGCUUCUUAGCCCUGGAACUGCAAACAGCACCCUGCCUCCACCAUUUCCUUUCCAAUCAGAAAUCCUGACAUUGAACCCAGUUGCUCAGGCACAGCACAUCCUCACUUCCCUAGGACCAAAUCAAGAAGAAGCCUAUGUCACCAUGUCCAGUUUUUACAAAAACCAAUGAAGAGUAAGAAAUCCAAGACUGACAACGAUGUCUGGGAGGGGAAGGCAAGAGUUCCUACUCCCCCUCAUGGCAUGAAGAGAACAAAACGAAUGUAACCCCCCCUACAUCAUCCACAGAAUUUUGAGACAUCACUUUGACCUAAUGAUUCAUAACCUUCAACAUGAGCCAAGAACAUUCUGCUUCUACCAUGUUGAUUUGGUAAUAAGGUUUCAGGCGAGCCAAUGAAUUAACUAUUUAAGGGGAAAAAACAGGAAAGGAUGGAGAGGUAAGAGAGGCAUGAAAGAAGGAAGGAAGGAAGGAUGGAUGGAAGGAAGGAAGGAAGGAAGGAAGGAAGGAAGGAAGGAAGGAAGGAUAUUGUACUAUUAUUGGUUACUAUGCUACUAUAUAUCCAGUGCUGCACUAAGUGUCCUGCACAUCUUGUCUCACUUCAUCCUCACAAUAAUCCUGAGGUGGGGUACAAUUAUUAUUAUUAUUCCCUUUUUUUUAAUUGGAAAAAUUGAGAAUGCAGGAUUUUCGUAACUUGUCUAAGUUACCCACUCAGUUGGGGGAGAGAAGGCUGGAACCUAGGUCUGAUGCAGUCUCCCUGAGCCACGAGCCUUUCUCUUAACUAAGGAUUACCCUGUUCUUGGGUGCAAACCUCACUAAUAACUGGGUGACUAUUUAAUUUAUUAUCCAAAAUGGAUCACUUUUGAAAGUGAAAGGGAAAGUUAUUAAAUAAUCACUCCAGAACAUUAAGUAUAAACUAGAGCUGUCCAGACAAAAGUAGGCCUAUGAUCACCUUCAUGUAAAAUGGUUCUGAGGAAAAAAGUGGGGAACACAUGUGAACUACCAUGGCCAGUCAUGUCAAAACAAGGGAAGAAGACAAGAGAAAGAGCUGCCAUGCCCAUUGGAUUUUUGUCUUUCUGAAAAUGAUAUCAAGAGGGAAUUGACUUGAAACCCAGAAUUCUAAUGUUCAUUAUCAAGGACAUGAUCCUCUUUCUGCCACCACCAACUCCAUCUAUCCAAGAUGGCAGAAGAACUGACCCUGGACAGUAGGAUGUUUGACCACUGAGAUGGGAAUGACCCCUCCUCUGUGUGUAGACCCUGCCCAAACUGUUUCCAGUUCUACAGCUCUGGAUGUUGCCAAGAACUUCAGAGAGAAGAGGGUCCCCACUGUGGCUAUGUCCCUGAACAAACAGAGAAGAGUGAAAUGUGAAAUUUGACAUCCAUUCUCUUUCCUUUCUUGGUCUAGAUAAAUUUCUCACAAUCAGCUCAAACCAAAUCAAGGAAGCUGAACAAUGUCAACAAACCCCUCUCCCACAGGCCCCUGACCCUGUCUAUGGAAUCACACAAGGCAGAGGCAUCCCCAGGAAGUGAAGGACCAGUUCAGGGUUUUGUUUGGGAUUUAUUGUUGCUUGUGUUUUGAAUUUUCUUCUUUGUUCUGUUUGUAUUUUGUUUAGGAAGACUAAGAGGUUUUUUGUUUGUUUUUUUUUUAAUUUUUGUGUUUGUUCUGUGCUGUCUGGAAAGGGGAUUUUAGGUGGUAGACUAAUGAACCCUAUCUAUUGGUUUAUUAACUGAUCUUACUAUUGACCUACAAAUAAUCAAAACAUCUUAUUCUUCUAAUGACUGUUUUACCUUCCAAAGAGCUUUCCUCUCAAUCUGUAGGAAUGAACACCGUACCAUAAAUACCAUGGCCAUUUAGUUUUGAGUAAUGUUUCUGUGGUUUUCAAAGCACUUCAAUAAGCAUUCACUUUCCACUCCUUGACAAGCAUUUAUAGAAAGCCUGCUGUGUACUAACCUGAGUGUUAGGUACAGGAGCUCUGAGGACACAUAAGGAUGGGACCUUGUCUCAUAGGAUGCAAAAUUUAACAAAAGUUACAGCUUGUAAGCAAAUAAUUAUUUGCAAAAUACUGUAACAGAAACAGGUUGGAAGUACCCUGUUGGGGACAGGGAAAAUGCUACCAAAAUGACAUAUAUCUGCACGGAAUUAAAUAGAAUCUGUCUAGUGUUUGAAGAGCAAAAGAUGUUUCCACCAGGUGGGUAGGUGAUAUUUACACUUUGCAAACGUGGAAGCUGAGCCUCAAAGAGGAGGUCACACAAAAUCUGAUGCCAACCUUGAUCUCUGAUACCUUAUCCACAAAGAUUCUUUGAAGGAUUUAUAAUUAUAAUCUUUUGCUUAUGGGAAAAUUGUGACAGAAUAGAUAAGCCACUCAACCUUGAAUGUUAAGUCAGGACUAGGGACCAUAAUUUUGUAUCCCUAAUGUAAAUAGACAAUCUCUUCAAGAAAGGAAAAGAACCUGUAGCAAACCCUCAAACUCCUUCUCCAGCUAUAAAACCCUCUGUUUCCGUGUUGUUUGGUGUUUUGUUAUCAUUUGCAUUUAAUGUGCUUCUCUCUGUUAUUGAAGGCAUUGAAAAUCCACAUAUUAUAUAAUCAUAACUGCUGCUAAUGCUUGAUUAUAUACUCAGGGACAAUAUAUAAUGUUAGAUUGCUGAUUGGUUUUGCCCAGCCCCCUCUUACAUUUCAUUAAGAAAGAAAAACCAGUCAGAGACAAUGUAUAAAUCAGAAAGUCAACUGCCAGUUCUAUAUAGCAUAAAAGGAAAAGACAACUGAGAGACAGACAACUGAUCUGAUCAAGCAUGGGUCCAAGGUACCCUGGAUUAUUCAAUCUAUUUUCUACAAGCUUUUGUUUCUCUCUGUUCAGUAUGGUUUCCAUGGGAAUUUGAUUCAGAAAAUCCAAGUAUGGGCUAUUUCAGACGUGUGUACUUACUUGUGUUUUCUUAGCUCUUCUGAAAGUGCUACAAGACUUGGAACUGGUCAAGAAAAUGGUGAGAACAUAUGACAGGGAGCCUGGAAAUGAUACCAGUCAGAUGGCAUUUUUAACAACUUAGUGGUUUUUCUUUGGGAUUAUUAAAAAUAUCCAUUAUUCACUACAGCGAAGGUCUCUGAUUUGACAGUUUAUUUUCACAGGCAUUACUAACAUUUUGUAGAGCUGCUACGUAUAUAUACGGAUGUGUGUGUGUGUUACCAUCUUAUAUUAAAUUAAAUGCUAUGGAACUCUU